UCUCGUCUCUUUCACCAUUGCCAAAUAGCUUCAAAACUCUCUACUUCACCCCCCCCACAAUAUGAAGCUUUUCCGUCCCCACCGUCCCUUCACAAAUCCCAAUUACCAAAUCAAACCCAUUUCUACCCCUACUUCCACCACCAUCACCGCCCAAUCUGACCACCUCGACAACGACGAAAAAUUCGUGUCCCACCUCCUAAACAUCGUACGAGGCAAGCAGAGCUGGAGGAUCGCGCUCGCCAGCCCCUUCGUAUCCAGCAACCUGAGGCCGCGCCACGUGGAGCAAGUCCUGGCCCAAACCCUAGACGACUCCAGGUUAGCCCUACGCUUCUUCAACUUCCUAGGCCUCCACAACAACUUCACCCACUCCACGGCGUCGUUUUGCAUCCUCAUCCACGCCCUGGUCCGGUCCAACCUCGUCUGGCCCGCGUCCUCAGUCCUGCAAACCCUAAUUCUCCGCGGUGGGCCUAAUAACCCGGCCCUCAUUUUCGAAUCGCUGAUGCGUUCGUACGAGAGGCUCAGUUUCGUUUCGACUUACGGGUUCGAUUUGUUGGUUCAGAAUUACGUGCAUUACAAGAGGGUGUUAGACUCUGUUGUGAUUGUGAGGCUUAUGUGUGAGUGUAGAAUUCUGCCUGAAGUUAGGACCUUUAGUGCUGUUUUGAACGGUUUGAUCCGGAUAAAGCAGUUUGUUAUGGUUUUGGGUUUGUUUGAUGAGAUUGUGGGUAUGGGUUUGAGGCCAGAUGUUUAUUCGCGCACGGCUGUGGUUCAGAGUUUGUGUCAGUUGAAGGAUUUCGAUGGGGCUAAGGAAAUGAUUCGGUCGAUGGAGUCGAAUGGGUGUGAGUUGAGCGUUGUGACGUAUAAUGUGUUGAUUCAUGGCCUUUGCAAGAGCCGGAGAGCUUGGGAGGCUGUUGAAGUCAAGAAUUCAUUGAGUCAGAAAGGAUUGAAAGCUGAUGUCGUAACGUUUUGCUCGUUAGUUUUGGGCUUUUGCGCCAUUAAAGAAUUUGAAGUUGCUAAACGACUAACGGAUGAAAUGGUUGAGUUGGGGUUCCUUCCUACUAAAGAGGCUCUUUCGUGCCUGGUUGAUGGAUUGAGGAGGAAGGGGUGUGUUGCAGAUGCUUUGGACCUGGUUAAUAAGGUGGGAAAAGUUGGAUUAGUGCCUAGCCCAUUUGUUUACAAUGCAUUGAUCAAUUCUCUGUGCAAAGAUGGAAAGUUGGAAGAAGUGGAAGUGCUUUAUAAUAACAUGGGAGAAAAAGGUUUAUUCCCAAGUGAUGUUACCUAUUCUAUUUUGAUCAAUUCUUUUUGCAAAAGGGGGCAGUUGGACGUUGGUCUUUGUUUCUUGGGUAAAAUGACCCAGGUAGGGAUAAAACCAACCGUAUAUCACUACAAUUCUCUGAUUAGUGGCCAUUGUAAGUUGGGAAAGAUGCAUGCAGCAAAAGAUCUCCUUACAGGGAUGAUUGACAAAGGAUUGUCUCCAACUGUUGUAACGUAUUCCGUGUUAAUAAGUGGAUAUUGCAAGGAAGGUGAAGUGCACAAGGCGUUUAGGCUCUAUCAUGAGAUGACAGGGAAAGGCAUUUCUCCCAAUAUUUACACCUUUACUGCUCUUAUUUAUGGCCUUUGUCAUGCAAAUAAGAUGGCAGAAGCAAGUAAAUUAUUCAACGAAAUGCAGCAAUGGAAUGUCAUCCCAAAUGAAAUUACAUAUAAUGUUAUGAUUGAAGGGCACUGUCGGGAAGGAAACACUGUAAGAGCUUUUGAACUGCUUGAUGAGAUGGUGAAGAAGGGACUCGUACCAGAUACAUAUACCUAUAGGCCCCUAAUAAGUGGGCUUUGCUCCACUGGAAGGGUGUCUGAAGCUAAAGAAUUCAUGGAUGAUCUGCACACGGAGAAUCGUAAGUUAAAUGAGAUGUGUUUUAGUGCACUACUACAUGGUUAUUGCAAGGAAGGAAGAUUGAAGGAUGCAGUGAGUGCAUGCAGUGAGAUGGUGGAAAGAGGAGUUGAUGUGGAUAUCGUAUGUUAUGCAGUACUUAUUAAUGGAUUUCUGAGACAUCAUGGUACAAAAAAGUUAUUAGGUUUGUUAAAGGAAAUGCACGAUCAGGGUUUGAGGCCUGAUAACGUAAUAUACACCAGUAUGAUUGAUGCAUACGGAAAAGCAGGAAACCUUUGUAAGGCAUUUGGAGUUUGGGACAUAAUGGUUAGUGAAGGCUGUAUUCCGAACGUUGCAACAUAUACUGCAUUGAUACAUGGCUUAUGUAAGGCAGGGUCUGUGGACAAAGCUGAGCUUCUUUGCAAGGAAAUGCUGGUUAGCAGCUCCAUUCCUAAUCAAAUCACUUAUGGUUGUUUUCUUGACCAACUCACCACAGAAGGACACAUGGAGAAAGCUGUACAGCUUCACAAUGCGAUGCUUAUAGGGUCUUUAGCAAACACUGUGACGUACAAUAUACUUAUUCGGGGUUUCUGCAAAUUGGGCAGAAUUGAGGAUGCUGUGAAGAUCCUACUUGAAAUGGGGGAUAAUGAUAUUCUCCCUGAUUGUAUAAGCUAUUCGACAAUUAUUUAUGAGUACUGUAGAAGGGGGAAUUUAUUGGAAGCCAUGAAGCUGUGGGACUGCAUGCUGAGCAAGGGUCUAAAUCCUGACACAGUAGCAUAUAAUUUUUUGAUAUAUGGUUGCUGUGUCGCUGGAGAACUUGCCAAGGCUUUUGAAUUACGUGAUGAAAUGAUGAGAAGGGGCCUGAAGCCGAGUAUGUCUACAUAUAAUACUCUCAUUGUGGGGACCUGCUUGAGAAGUUAAAUCUCAUUUACUGAUGGGUAGUAAUGCUUCUGAUUUCUCAGAUAAUUUGUAGAACAAAUGUUGUAGAGGAAACCUAGUUUUGGUAUUAUCGGUUAUCACGAAAAGUAUGAUCGCAUGAGUAAUGUCAGGAACAUUCUCUGAUAAGUUACCAGAAUAUUGACAGUUCAAGGUCAGGUUACGGUUGUACCCUGGGAGCACAAGUUGAUACUGGGAAGUCUCCAUUCUUUUAGAGCAUAGUCGGACAUUCUUUCUGUACAUAAUUUAAGUCUUUGAGAACAGUAUGUUGCACAUCACUGAAGGUUGGUUGACUUUGUUGUGAGAGGAACAUUUGAAAAUUUGUCGAGAAAUAGGAGAUAACUCCUGACGCUCAGUGCCAACUACUGAGAAGGUGUAGUGGCUGCAAGCAUUUUUUUUUGUUUUGUUUUGACAUUGUUGUAACAUGUGAAUAACAGUCAUUUGUGUGACGGAAGUUGAUUCAUUAGGUUGGGUAGCAUACUUUGUUCUCAAUCAUGUUGUAAAUGCUGUCUAGCAUGUACGCAUCUCAUUGAAAAGAUUUACAAGGCUUUGGAGGUUUAAUGAAAUUCGGUUCCUCUCUUUAUCC